GAUGGCAUCGUCAGUCGUUGGGUGACAGAGUGGUCGGAAGCAUGUCAGAGCAGCCUGAGAACAACAGCUACGAGCAGGAGUGCCAGCGGGCGGAACUGCUAGGUAUCCAGCCACCGGAUCCCGAGGAAUUCGAGCGGAAGCGCCAGGCGAGAUUGGAGCACGAGUUGGCCGAACAAGAGGCCGCCGAGGCGGUGCUACUGGAGCAACAAGGCGAAGGCCUGGGCAAUGUUGGUGGCAAGCUGGGCGAGCUUAAUAGCAUCCUGUCCAGCACGCAGCAGAAGCUUAAUCGCUUUAAGCAAACGGCCUGUGGCAGUUUAACCAACAUAUUUUCUAGAGCCGGCUCGGGCUCGGUGGAUCUUUCAGCGGGCAUGGGGGGAUCGGGAGCGAUGUCCAGCCAGGAAGAGCGUCCCCCUGUCCAAGAUCAGCCGCUUGCCAAGCCACCGCCCACGGCCGCCGAGGUAAGCGCCGCCAAGGCGGCCAAGCAGAAGCGUAUGGACUCGCAGCUGGACAAGUUGGAUGCAUUGAUCAACCAGGCUGACAAUGCCGAGAUAGCCAUGAGUGAGCAGACGCAGCAGAUGCGCCGCCUAGCCAAGUGAAGUGCCCCAUUCAGGAGGAGCAGGUUUCAGAAAUGAAUAUAUGAUUCCAACUUUAUUUACCCUCACUCUUCAGGUGAUCUUCGUCGCCUGAUUCUGGCCAGCCUUCUGUCCUCUUCUUUGUUUGGAUGAACACAUGAGUUUCGCUUAAAACUAAACACAAGUUGAGAUUACCCAAAGCGUCUUCAAUCACAUUUAUCGAGUGUGCAGACAGUGCGUGUCGUGACGGUUUGAAGUACUGUCUUACAGUCCCGACGCGUACUGUUCUUCCUUGCUUUCAUUCCGUUGACUUUAUACAUAUAUAAUUAGAUAUUUUAUAGUUUACAUCAGAGCUUCAAAAACACAGACUAUUUUCGACUAUUCGUUGUCCUAUGUAGUUAAAAACUGAAUUACAAAUGUUUGACAAUAAUAGCGUUCUUAAAAUAUUUGCGUAGUUUAAUCAUAGUCAAAACUUUUUUCGAAUUAUACAAAACAUCAAAUAUAUUCUUCACACUUUUUUGUAGUAUUUGUUUUCAUUUGCUAAGUCACAUUUUGGAAAACCUAUUUUUCAGUUCUUUGAAAAUUUAAAAAUUGUAUAUUUCCAUUUCCCAUUGAAUAUUUUACUCUUCUUGCAUUCUUUUCUUUACGAAUUUUUUAAAUGUAAAUUACUCGGAAAGUCAAAGUGUAAGCAAAGGCAAUAACAAGUUUUUCAUGCAGGGCGUUUCGCAGCUGUAAGACGGGCCUUUUACUUCUCAGCCUUGCAGUCAUGAGAAUCGUUGUCUUUGUGCCAACUUUAUAAAGCAUAGUCCACCACUUUAAAGUUGUUUUUCAAGCUAAUACUUGUUGCAAAACAUUUGUUAAACUAUAUCAAAAAUGUAUGAAACGAUCGAGUCAAGUAAUUAAAUAAAAUGUUUCUCCCCAAAACAAAAA